GGAGCGGAGCCGAGCGGAGCCGGGAGCCGCAGCCGGGGUCGAUGGGCGAUGGGCGGCGGGCGCUGGGCGCUGCUCUGGGCGCUGCUGGCGGCUCUGCGCCCGCCCCGCGCCGGCGCCGGUGAUGCUGACCAAAGCCGAGGUGCGAGGCUGUCGCUGUCAGCAGAGCCCCACCGCCCGCAGCGCAGCGUUGGCCGCUGGCCCCAGCAGAGCACGCCGCAGCCCUGGCAGCAGCCCCCAGCCAGCUCUCUGAAGUUUAACCCCACGGUGCGACACAUCGUGAUUAACGAGCACAGGGACGUCACCUUUAAUUGCUCCAUCAGGGUGCCCCAGCUGCUGCUGAGGCCAGAUGCCCCCGGCAUUUCCCUGUGGAAGGACGGGAGGGAGCUGCAGGCGCUGGAUCGCAUCGCCACCAGCCACUUUGAGAUCUCUGACGAGGAGGAGGUGGCCAUGACCUCCACUUUCAGCAUCCUCGCCGCCCAGCGCUCGGAUAAUGGCUCCUACGUCUGCAAACUCAACAUCUCUGGCAUGGAGGUGGUGUCGGACCCCAUCUCGGUGCAGCUGGAAGGGCUCCCGCACUUCAUCCGCCAGCCCGAGAAGAUGAACGUCACCAGGAACAGUCCCUUCAACCUCACGUGCCAGGCUGUGGGCCCACCAGAGCCUGUGGAGAUCUACUGGUUUCGCAACAACAUCCAGGUCAAUGAGAAGCCCCAGAUCUCGCCGUCAGUCCUGACCGUGCCAGGGCUCAAUGAGACGGCGCUGUUCAGCUGUGAGGCUCACAACAGCAAAGGGCUGACUGCAUCCAGCCCGGCCCAGGUCAACGUGAAAGGGAUCCCAUCUGCUCCUGCCAGCGUGCGUGUGCUCAACAGAACGGCGGGCGGCAUCGCGCUGUCCUGGGUGCCGGGCUUUGAUGCCUUCUCUGCCUUCAGCAGCUGCCGUGUCCAGGUCAAGGAAGCUGUUCCACAGAGCAACGUGUCCCUUCGGCUCUUCAGCACCUCGGUGCCUCCCCACGUGUAUCACAUCCAGCAGCUGGAGCCCAUGGCUGACUACAACAUCCGUGUUUCCUGCCGCAACGAGGUGGGCUGGUCGGCGUUCAGCCCCUGGCUCACGGCCAGCACCACCGAGGGAGCUCCGACCACGCCGCCACUGAACGUCACGGUGUGGUUCAACGAGUCCAGCUCCUCCCUGGAGAUCCGGUGGGUGAAGCCGCCCCUGGGGAGGAUCCACGGGGACCUGCAGGGCUAUCACAUCUGGUACAGGUGGCAGAACUCCAAGGGGUUGCAGAACGCCUCGGCCGAGGCCCGUGAGAACGCCAGCGUGGCCGUGCUGCCCGUGCUGGCCACCAACGCCACCUGCUCCGUGCGCGUGGCCGCCGUCACCAGGGGUGGAGUGGGACCCUUCAGCAGCCCCGUGGAGGUCUUCAUCCCCGGCAGCGGAUCAAUAACCUCAGCCCCCUCUUCGACCCCAGCCUCCGGGAACGCCGACUCCUUCGUCGUAGCCCUGGGCUUCAUCUGCGGGACGGUGGCUGUGGGGCUCAUCCUCUGCCUGUCCGUGCUCGUCCAGAAGAGAUGCGUGGAAACUAAAUACGGGAACGCUUUCAGCAGGAAUGACCUGGAGCUGGCAGUGAGCUACAGAGCCAAGAAGUCCUACUGCCGGAGAGCUGUAGAGCUGACACUGGGCAGCCUGGGUGUCAGCAGUGAGCUCCAGCAGAAGCUGCAGGAUGUUGUCGUGGACAGGAAUGCUCUCAGCCUGGGGAAGGUCCUGGGAGAGGGGGAGUUCGGGUCGGUGAUGGAGGGCCGUCUCAGCCAGCCCGAGGGCACCCCUCAGAAGGUGGCUGUGAAGACCAUGAAGCUGGAUAACUUCUCCCAGAGGGAGAUAGAAGAGUUCCUCAGCGAAGCAGCGUGCAUGAAGGACUUUGACCAUCCCAAUGUCAUCAAGCUCCUAGGCGUGUGCAUCGAGCUGAGCUCGCAGCAGGUGCCCAAGCCCAUGGUGAUCCUCCCGUUCAUGAAGUACGGCGACCUGCACAGCUUCCUGCUGCGCUCCCGGCUGGAGAUGGCCCCCCAGUUUGUGCCCCUGCAGACGCUGGUGAAGUUCAUGGUGGACAUUGCCCUGGGGAUGGAGUAUCUGAGCAGCCGGCAGUUUCUGCACAGGGACCUGGCAGCUCGGAACUGCAUGUUACGGGACGACAUGACGGUGUGUGUGGCUGACUUUGGCCUGUCCAAGAAGAUUUACAGCGGUGAUUACUACCGGCAGGGCCGGAUAGCAAAGAUGCCAGUGAAGUGGAUCGCCAUCGAGUCGCUGGCUGACCGUGUCUACACCACCAAGAGCGACGUGUGGGCUUUCGGCGUGACCAUGUGGGAGAUCGCGACGCGCGGGAUGACGCCUUACCCAGGGGUGCAGAACCACGAGAUCUACGAGUACCUGUGCCAUGGGCAGCGCCUCAGAAAGCCCGAGGGCUGCUUGGACCAGCUGUACGAAAUCAUGUCUGCGUGCUGGAGGGCCGACCCCGCCGCCCGCCCCACCUUCUCCCAGCUCAAGGUCCAUCUGGAGAAGCUGCUGGAAAACCUGCCCACUGUCAGAAGCUCCGGGGACGUCAUCUACAUCAACACCAGCCUGCCCCAGGACAGCCCCAGCCCGGAUUCCACGCAGGACUCGGGCUUCCCGCAGGCGGACUCUGACCCGGAGCCCGGGGACGCCGGGGAGCCCUGUUCCCCUCCAGCCCGGCCCGCGCUGGUGCCCGUGGACGUCCACCACGACCAGCCCUGGGGCACGACAAGGUACGUGCUGGAGGAGCAGCUGCCUGGCCCUGCUGAGGAAGCCUACGUGCCCCUGCUGCCCAUGGCCCAGGCUGGCACCCUGCCCGCCGGCGAGUGCCCGGGGCCGCCCUGCACCCAGAGCUGCGCCCAGAGCUGCGCCCAGAGCUGCGCCCAGAGCUGCGCUGAGGACUCGGCAGUGCUGCUGUGAGAGCGAGGGUAGGGUCCCUGUGCAAAGCAGGGUGGCAGGAAAAGGACACAGAGGGUCUAUUUUAAUAAAGAGUGGUCUGGUUUGA